AUGUCAAUGUUCAGCGCGCCGCCACAGCCGUCGAAUAUUAGUCACUUUGGUGGUUGUCAGAGCAGACGUCGAACUGACAAUAACAGUCCAAGACAGCCAAACCGUAGUUACCUUUUGGAUGAUUUUCGCAACAACCGAACUCCUCACCUUCAAAUAGCCGAUAUUCUGUCGCAUGUAGUGGAAUUUGCUAAGGAUCAACAUGGAUCUCGAUUUAUCCAACAAAAGCUUGAACGUGCAUCAGCAAAAGAGAAGCAAAUGCUUUUCGAUGAAGUUCUCACUAAUGCUCAUAUUCUAAUGAUAGAUGUCUUCGGUAAUUAUGUGGUUCAGAAGUUUUUCGAAUAUGGUACUCCGGAACAGAAAGCUGCUCUCGGACGCUCGCUGAAGGGUGAUGUUAUCAAUCUCGCUCUGCAGAUGUAUGGAUGUCGUGUCAUCCAGAAGGCUUUGGAGUCGGCAGACGAAAAGAUUCAGUUGGAAAUCCUCCGAGAGCUAGAAAAUCAGGUUUUGAAGUGCGUAAAAGACCAGAAUGGAAACCAUGUCAUCCAGAAAGUUAUUGAAAAAGUGAAACCCGAACGACUCCAGUUCAUCAUCGACUCCUUUACGAAAAAUGGACCUGAAACUAUUGUACAAUUAUCCAUGCAUCCAUAUGGGUGCCGAGUUAUUCAAAGAGUGCUUGAGCAUUGCACAGAAGAACAGAAGAGACCUGUUCUGGAAGCCUUACAUUCAAACGUUCGCUCACUUGUUCUGGACCAGUAUGGAAAUUAUGUUAUACAACACGUCAUUGAGCACGGAAGUGAUCCGGACAGAGAUCGCAUCGUACAAGAGAUAACUGGUAAUGUGUUGAGAUACGCGCAGCACAAGUUCGCCUCUAAUGUCAUCGAGAAGUGCUUGAUUUGUGCUGGACCUCACCACAAAGCUGUUCUCAUCGAUGAAGUCUGUGGAGAUAAUGAUGAUCCAUCGCCUCCAAUUCUUCUUAUGAUGAAGGACCAAUUUGCGAACUACGUUGUGCAAAAAAUGUUGGACACUGCUGAUCCUGGUCACCGCAGAAAAAUGAUGUAUGCAAUCAAGCCACAUAUCCCUACACUUAGGAAAUUUAGCCACGGAAAACAUAUCAUUAGUGAGUUCGAAUGUGCUAAAGUCCAUUUCUUUACCUGA